CCGCCCCCCCCCCCUCCCCCCUCGGUCCUCUCCCCCCCUGUGUUGAGGCCAAUCCACACGCGUCCCCCUUUUGCGCGUUACCUGUUGGAACCAUAGCAUCCCUUGCUAUCCGGAAUCGAAUCGCCGCGGCAUCCGUAGCGGUUCUUCGGUCGCUGCCGCGCGCGUCUGUGCCCACUUUCGCUCGCCAGUCCCUGCUGCCCAUUAGCAGCGCUUCCCCUCUCCCCUCCUCCCCCUUCGCCACCUCGCUGCUGGGCCGCCGCUCGUUCCACAGCGCCACGCCCCUCGCCACCGCCGCCACCAUGGCCACCCCCGCGCCCGUUUCCGAGGCCCGCGUCUACUGCCAGGCCAACGCCUCCCGCCCGACCGAGUACCACGAGUAUGACCUGGUCAACCUGACCUGGGGCAACCAGGACGACUACCAGGUGGUCCGCCGCAUUGGUCGCGGCAAGUACUCCGAGGUCUUCCAUGGCAUCCGCAUCGCGGAGAACGCCGUUCCCCUGGAGCACGAGAAGGACUGCGUCAUCAAGGUCCUGAAGCCCAUCAAGCGCAAGAAGAUCAAGCGCGAGUACAAGAUCCUGAAGAACCUGGAGGGCGGCACCAACAUCGUCCGUCUGUAUGACAUCGUUCGCGAUCCCUAUUCCCGGACACCCUCCUUCAUCUUCGAGUUCGUCAACACCGUCGACCACAAGCAGCUCUAUCGCACCCUGAAGGCGGAUGACAUUCGCUACUACAUCUACCAGCUGCUCCUGGCCCUCGACUAUGCCCACUCGCAUGGCAUCAUGCACCGCGAUGUCAAGCCGCACAAUGUCAUGAUCGACCACAACAAGCGCCAGCUGCGCCUCAUCGAUUGGGGUCUGGCCGAGUUCUACCACCCCAACACCGCGUACAAUGUGCGCGUCGCCUCGCGCUACUUCAAGGGCCCGGAGCUGCUUGUGGACUUCCAGCACUACGACUACUCCCUGGACCUGUGGAGCCUGGGCUGCAUGUUCGCCGGCAUGAUUUUCAAGGUUGACACCUUCUUCUGCGGCUCGGACAACGUCGACCAGCUUGUCAAGAUUGUCGACGUCCUGGGGUUCAAGAAGCUCGAGGCGUACCUGGACAAGUACAAGCUCCGCCUGCACACGUCCAUCCUCUCGCUCCUGUCCGGCAAGGAGGGCCGCCGCCUGAGCUCCUUCAUCAAUGACGACAACCGGGAUCUGGCCUCGGCCGACGCCAUCGACUUCCUGGAGCGUCUGCUGCGCUUCGACCAUGUCGAGCGCCUGACCGCCCGCGAGGCCAUGCUCCACCCCUACUUCGACCCGAUCCGCCACGAGGUCAGCCCUCCCCAGCCGUACAACAACAGCACCGGCUUCCUGGAGACCAACUAACGGGCGGCGGCUCGGCCCGAGGUCCUCUCCCGCCCUCGGCCCUCCUCCCAUGCCCGUCGGGCGGCCCCACGCGCCUGACUCUGUCCUCGGGGGCAAGGGCAGCGAGGGCGGGAGAGAGCACCCGCCGCCUCUCUGAUAAUGCAGAUGGGGCUCCUUGCGUCCCCCUCUCGCCGUGGGCGCAUACGCCCUGGUUUUUUCCUCGUCUCUCUCUCUCUCCCUCUGCCCUCGGUGACUUUGUCGUUGUCGCGCGCACGCGCGCGUAUCGGCGCGCUAUCCGGUCCACCACUCCCCCUCCUUUUCCUUCUUUGCACAAACGCAUGCCCUGUACUUGUUCCCACUCCACACAAGAAAAUAAACCAAAUCGCCAUACGCGUGUAGCCGCGCCGUUUGUUUCCUGUCGCCGUCUGGCACGUGUAUCUCUUUUGUGCGUGGGCGGCCGGUAGCAGGGGGCGCGAGCCCCCCCCCCCUUAGCGAGGCUGCCGGUAGUGGCCCCCGGGCGAGCGACUGCGGCUGCGGUCACGAUGACGGCCACGAUCAUGGCGGCCGGCGUCGGUGAACCUCCGGCCGGCAUAGGGGGGACUACGGCUACGGCUACGACCGCGAUAGCGCCCACGGCCACGGUCAGGGCUGUAGCUACGGCUACGACUGCGAUAGCGGUAGCGAUCCCGGCUGUGGUCGCGGCCACGAUCCUGGCCACGGCUGCGGCUGCGGUCCCGGCUGCGGCUGCGGUCCCGGCUGCGGCUGCGGUCCCGGCUGCGG